CUCUUUCCUCUUUACCCAUCCUCGACUCACAAGCAUCUGCCCAACUCUCAUCAAUCAUGAGAACACCGAUGUGGUGGUGCCGAGGACCUCGCCCACCCGACUACAACAACAACAUAACUCCUUGCAAACAUUGCUACUACUAUGCUGCAACGAUCGCAGUAUCUGAACAUCCUCCGACUAAAGAAUUUCGGAAUCAAGGGCUUAGUAGGAUUUCUCUCGUGUGGUGGGCUUAGUUACCCGGUUAGAACAACCGUUAUGUAUUGCAUGUGUAAUUGGGCCUAGUAGUACUUAGUUGUAAGGAGGGAAUUACUUGGCUUUUCCGAACCGGUUGUCGCCGGUUUAUUCCCUGGUGUAGUAGCUAGUGCCAGUUUCUGUCCCCUCUACACUACCAAGCCCCUGGUGUUAAAGCAAAUCCAUCUUACAUGAUCAAUGUCACGUGAUGAGUCCGAUCGUCCUUCACCUCCCGUAUGGACAUUCGCACGAUUUCUUCCUUGCGAGCCAAUGUCCCUUCCCAUUAGUUCGUAUUUUACGAGAAAGCCCGCUCUUCAGUUCGAGAGCCGCUCAUCGAGUUCGGGAGGGGUGGUCAACGUUGAUGCCAAGAGCACCAUCGAGCUGAAGAAAACUCUGCAGAAUGGUACAAGCGCGAAGGAACUUUGGCUAUCUGUUAUUCCCACCAAACAUUUAUGUAUAUGUGGGAUAUCCAACCGUCAUUGCAGUAUUUGGUCUUUCAGAAUUUCGGGGAGAUCAAGAGGCUGUUAUCAAGGCAGCCCUUGCUGGAAAUGAUUGCCUUGUUCUAAUGCCAACAGGUGGAGGGAAAUCGUUGACAUAUCAACUUCCCGCGGUGCUCGAUCAAGGUGUAACCCUCGUCGUAUCUCCACUUCUUGCAUUGAUGCAAAAUCAAGUGGAUGCUUUGAAAAAGAUCAAUAUAAAGGCUGCAACCUUGAACUCUACUCUGAAGGUCAAAGAGCGCAGAGAGGUGCUGACCGAUCUCGCCCUGGUCAAACCGAGGAUCAAGCUUCUUUACGUGACACCUGAGUUAAUGGCAACGGAUCACUUUCGGACGACUCUCGAGAAGCUUCAUCAGAGAGCCAUGCUAUCACGGCUCGUCAUUGAUGAAGCACAUUGCAUCUCAGAAUGGGGCCACGAUUUCAGGCACGAUUAUCGAAAGCUGAGUUGGUUCAAGGAGACCUUUCCCAAGAUUCCAGUGAUGGCAUUGACAGCGACGGCCACUAACAGGGUCCGUGCCGACAUUAUCAAGCAGCUCCACUUACCUGCGCCACAUUCGCUCAAGCUUUUUGUGUGCUCCUUCAACCGACCCAAUCUUCAUUACGAGGUCCGAUUUAAGCCGCGCUCUAACAACGAUCCCUACCCGGAUAUACUAAGCUUCCUCAAAUCUAUUUACGAAAACCGACGAAAGCGGAUCGAAGAGACGAGUUCAAAGGAGCGGGUUGAAGGUGUCUGUGGAAUUAUUUACUGUGCAACGAGAUCCACAUGUGAUGAUGUUGCACAAAAGCUGCGAGUGGAUGGCGUGCGAGCUCAGAGUUAUCAUGCCGGAUUAAAAAGUUCAGAACGGCAUUCUGUAUUGAAAGCGUGGAGUGGAACAGAUCCUUUCAGUGUGGUCCGUGAUAAUGACGCAGAGAACGCGGUGACAGGGGGAGGACACAGUAGCGAGGUGGUGGAUGUGGUGGUAGCAACAAUUAGUUUCGGCAUGGGUAUCGACAAAAAGGAUGUCCGAUUCGUGAUACAUUGGGAUAUGUCGAAAUCUCUUGAAGGAUACUAUCAGGAAAGCGGUCGCGCGGGUCGCGACGGCAAAGUCAGUCGUUGUAUAUUGUAUUAUAGCCAUGAAGAUAGAGAUCGCCAUACGUAUUUAAUAGGGUUGGAGAAUGAGAAAAGAAGAGCGAAAGGGUUGCCACCAUCGGAAAAUGCUAGCUUUAAUAAGAUGGUAGAGUAUUGCGAGGACGUAAAAACAUGUAGACAUGUCUUUUUCGACCGCUAUUUCGGUGCAGAUGAGGCUACCCUGAAAGCCGAGAUUUUAUGCCCUUCAAAGCGGUGCGACGUAUGCAAAGAUCCAAUAAAGUUGGAGAAGGAAAAGAAAGCUGCUUUGGUUACACCCGGAAGUUCUGAAGAUUUCAUAACAGGGCGCCAGUUCGAGGCCGGAGGGAAUAUGCGCUUGAGGGAUGGAACGUGGAUAGGACCAACGGACACGAACAAACGAACUCGUCAGAAUGACUCCUCACUCGAUUACGGGUUUGAUGGAAGCUCAACCAGUGACCCCAGAGCCAGGAAAAGAGAGCGACAAGAAACCGGCUGGGAAGAUAUUCAAGAUGAUUAUGAUGCGUCUAGUUUUGGCUUUCGGAGAGGGUCGGGUAAAGCCGUAAAGGAAUCGAAUGCAACCAUCUUUGAGCAACUGGGUCGGAAAUCAACUCGCAAGGAUGCCGUAUUUGUUAGCGCAAAGGAUAUGGCCAGAACAAAGUAUCCUCUGGUCAUGACCUCGUCGCACUCGGUUGCAGACCUGAAGGUCCAAGAUCGGGAAAACGCCUUUCUUCAAUUAUCUAAAGCUCUGGACGGUACACUAAAUGUCCAAAACGAUGAAUGCUGGGCGUGGAGAACCGAUGAUGGAUUACUAGAUCGCGGAUUCCGCAAGGCCAUCAUCGAAUCCACUGCAGCUGCUAUUGAGAGCAGAUGUUUUACGGGGUCCAAACUUCUUGUAAUGUACAAGCAUACCUGGAUGCAGCGCGUUCGAGAGAUCAAACGGUUAACUAGUGAUGCGGAGGGCCUCGUUAGAGAGCUGUUGGAAGAGGAACGACACAAGCGUUUUGAAAAGUAAUUUUUAAAAUGUCGUGACAUUUGACAAAGGGGAUUAUUACUGCGUACAUGUCAUCUUUGUCAAGACUGUAGUGAUGCAAAGGAAAUUCUAACAAAUUUAAAAGUGUAGUAUACGGCAGAUUCUGAGAUGAUGUGAAUAGAUAACUGUGGAUUGGCUGGCGACAUAUUGUUUUG